GUUAAUUGUUGGUAACGUCAGGGAAACAUGCGCAAAAGUUAAAAUGAUCCCACAGUCAGAUGUACAGUAAGCCCUCCAUUUCUUAAAUGAACGUCAAGGUUUCGUUCUGCACGCGGCGAAUUCUAACGCAAGUGACGUCAGCAGAUGUGACUCAAAUGAACGUCAACGUUUAAAUCCCCCGCUUGCGCUCAGAUAUUCAAUGCAUGUCAGAAAAUGCUGUAUUAUACGAGCUAUAUAGUUACGAGGAGGUUGUGUCGCUUACGAUGUAACACUCGACUAAUAAGCAGCUUUGUAAAGCAUGGUUUAGAAAAAUUCUACAGCGAACGUAACUGUUAGCAUCUGUAGUAUUCACAGAUGUUUUACGACACGGGAUGCUUGGCAAAAAGGAAAGCCACAAACGUGCCGUUUACAACGCAGUUCCAUAGUCCGGUUGCCGGUGCUCCAAACGGUCACGUUUUCGGUCUGUGGGCAUGUUGGGGGACGAAUGUGAUAGACUGAAGAGGAGGGGGCAGAACACGCGUUCCACCAAUCAGGGGCAGUUACUAGGCGGGCCUGAGAGCGCGUUCGACCAAUCACAGCAUUCCCACCUGACGACCGUCAAUCAGCUGAGUUCCUUUCCCGUUGAUUCUACAGUGUAGCGAGAGUUCUCUUCUCGUGCCUGCGUAGAGACGCGAUCGGUCGCGUAGUUUUGCGCAAAAUAAUGUUCAGAAUUUGGACCAGAAGCUCAACGCGAAGUUCGGCGAACGCUUCAAACAACCGUACAUCUUAUUUUUACCAGUCAAGAGAAUGUAGCCGUCAUUCGAGGAUCUUGGGUAAAUUAAUUUCGUAGUUUCAUAUAGACGGAGCCAGCACUUUACGAACUAGCUAACUGGCUAAUUCAUUGCGCAUCACUGGGAGCUUAGCCGCGGAGGCUAGCGGUGCUCACGUCUGCGAGAGUAGUUGGUUGUAAUAAACGCUUAACAACGAAGCAACUGGUUGAGCCAAACAUAAUGGUAUGGGUCAAAGGGACAUCGCAGCGUUCGAGGCGUCCAUGAAAAGAAAAAACGGAAUUCCAACUGUCUCUAUGUGUCGACUGGAUGUGGAGUCCGCUGUUGUGAAGAAGGAAGUUGAGCCCGCCGGAGGAGAUGGUGCCCUUUCCUCGUCAAGGUACAUGUUGGGCAGGGGGGUGAAACGUAAGCUGAGCACAAGUGAGGACCCUGCCCAGGACUUGCCAUAUCCUCAGCAGAGGCAGCUGGUGCUGGACUUGUGUCUAGACAAGCUACAAAGCUGCCAGCGGCGAGCUGAACCCAGCCUGCACCGUUCGGUCCUGUUGGCCAACACCCUCCGCCAGAUUCAGCAGGAGAUGAGACAGGAGGGGGAAACCUGCUUGGCACCAGCUCCUCUCGGCUCCGCUCUCCCUCACGCCUCCACCCCACGCCACUUCCCCGACCUGCCACCUGUGCCCUUAGACUGUCCUCCACCCCUAACCGGAGCGCUGUCCCCUUCAUUCCCCCUCACAAUGGCUGAGGAUGAGGAGGUCCAGUUGGGCAGCAUUGAAAAUGAGACCCUUUUGCCAUCCCUAGCUGGUGAGGACAACACUAGGUCAUCAGAUUCACUUUUUGGCUCUUUCGAGAUUACCAAUUCCACCAGCUACUUGACAGACUUGCCGUUGGAUGACAUCUUUGAAGACAUUGACACGUCGAUGUACGACUCCUCUGACAUGUCUGUCCUGGCGUUUCCUGCGCAGAGAAGCAACGGGGUGGACGAUGGCCUGAAGACCAUUUCCAGCUGCACAUCCAACAGCAGCCUACAGCUCUGUCUGGCGGACAUCAACGACCUGGACCACAUUAUGGAGAUCCUGGUGCGCUCCUGAACCACGGCUCGCACCACAGUGUCCUCAUUCAGCCAUCCCAAUGUUUUCUGUGGGAAAUGAAUAAUGAGUUUUCUUUUAAAAAAAAAACAAAAAACAAAAAAAACAAAUAUUUGAUCUAUUUUUAUACAAAAGGAUAUAUAUAUAUAUAUAUAUAUAUAUAUAUAUAUAUAUAUAUAUAUAUAUAUAUAUAUAUAUAUAUAUAUAUAUAUAUAUUAAAAUAAAAGGAAACUGCCUGACACACUCUCACUGUAGGAUAAAUGCACAUUUUUAAGACUUUUCAGAUGGUCGAGCUUACGCUGCCAUCCUUCAUAUUUAAGCAAACUAAGAUAUGAAUAUGCAGGGACUUCGGAAACAAAUACAAAGUAUUACCAUUGACACUUAUUUAUAUUGGAAAGAUGUAUUUAAAAUGAGGAGACUGAAGAAAAGUGGAUCGUGACGGACGCUCCGUAGCUUUUAAUGAGCUAAAAGACUUUUUUGGUUUUUUUUGUGAUCUCCACUGUAUUCUGAAGCAUUACAUUUUACUGUCAGUAAUUAUGAUUAUCAGAUCAGAUCAUGUCAUGCACAUGCAGCACUCACACUACCUCUAAAGAUACCAAGAGCUCUUUCUCUAUACAAAGACUGUCGUUGUUACAACUGUAUUUUAAUGGUUUCUCUUCAAUAACUUUCAAAACUGCUGAUUGUUUUAUAUGUGGCUCUCUGUUCACAAGAAGGCCUCUCCUCAAAUGAUAGAAUUCAGUCCAAAGCUAUAGCUGUAGAAGAAAGGCUUUUGUCUCAAUCUUUCUAUUCAAAACUUUCUUUUUGAAGCGUUUCUGCUUUCAGAACGAGCUGUUGCUUGCAUAAAAAGUGAUCUAUAUUUUCUAAUCACUUGGAAGUUAAUGCUAUUUCUACUUUUCACGUACAUGAUUGUCAGACACACAGCCACCGUCAAAUCCCUCAUAUGAACAUAGUGCCUAAAAUGGAGAAUGAAGACUGCCGACGAUGAACUGCACACUGUGGACCCGCAUAUAGACUUGCCAGAGUUUCCUGCUCUACGCCCAUGACGCUCUGUAAGUGGGUUGUUUGCCACUUUUUGGAGCGUUUAGCACGAUCCUCUGUCCUCUAAAGAAGCCAUUACCCUAAUGUGGGUCCACAUCUCCUCUCUGCUGUCCUUCAUUGUGAUCUACACUGCAAAAAGCUGUUUGUGGAUGCCUCUCGUGAUGUCUCUAGGACCAUUUCUGAAUGUCCAAGCUUAUUCGUGUGGAGCAGAACUGAUGUCUCACCUGCUUACUUUUCCGCUUUAUCGCAAGCCAUUUCCGGUUAUUAGUUACUACUCAAAUGUGUGCGGUGGUAGACCAGAGUGAGGCCCUUGGUUUUUGACCUGUAUUAACAUCCACUGAACAUUAAGUUGCUGCAAUCGAAUGCGAAAGAGCCACAAGCUGCUGUCUCCAUUAAGACUGGGCUGAAACAGGGGGAGGGGAAGAACCAGAGAGCCAGAUUAAGAGGGGAAGGGAAGGGAGGGGGGGUAGUUAAAGCAAACAGCUCCUGUCACGUGGCGAGCUGUGCAAGUGGUGAACGCUACAUUGAGAGUUCGACAACAGCUGGUAUGUGUGCGCUCGCAUUGGUGCGCUUGCAACAAGCCCCGCCCCCAGUGAGGCCCCAGGGGUGCUUUGAUCUCCUCCCGACCAAUCGUUUUAGUUUAAGGGAGGAGCUUUGUUCUCUCUCUGCUUUAUGUGGAAAAGAAUAACAAGUGGAAGCGGUUCAAUUUGGUCUGUUAGCUCAUGGUGGAAUGUCUUUCCUUGCCUAUGGAUGGCUCACUUUAAUCAUUAGCGGCUUGAGACAUUUAUGGUCUGAAUUUGAGUUAAAUUUAGACAUUCCAACUAAAAGUAAAUGAGAUUUGUAUCACUUAAGGAAAUACUAACUGCGGCAUUUGAGGUGGCAGCAGAGAUGAGGUUUUUUUUUUUUUGUGUGUGUGUGUGUGUGUGUGUGUGUUUUGGUCGAAAGUAAGACGCUUGUACCCCUUUAAACUCAGGCUCGCAGAGGCCCCACCCUGCCUUUCCCGCUCACAAGACACAUGCACCACCACAGAGAAAACCUGACUCUUGCGAAGUUUACACUCAGAUUUUAGGAAACACGCUUGUGUAAGACAGUAACCAUAAGUCAGAGAGAGAUUGUAUGGUGAGGCCAUCGGAGUUCUAACAGCGCCUGUUUUUAAUGCUGAAAGCUGUGGAUCUAAUGAGUGUGUAGCUUUUAAAGCUUUGUAAGCUUGAUCAGUUUGUUUCUUUUUUUUGUUUAUUUGUGUUGUGUGUGUGUGUGUGUGUGUGUGUGUAUAUAUUUGUAUUUAUAUAUAUAUAUAUAUAUUUUACUUGUUUUGAUUUUUUUUUGUUGACUGAAGAUCAUGAGAUAAUAUAUUGCUUUUAUUUAAGAGUGAGAUAUGAUCAGUAGACUUCUGUCUUUCGGAGGUUUUGUUUUUUUUAAAGUGUGAUUUGUACUUCACCUCCUCUUCUUAGUAAUAAUUAAUGUGUACAUAUACAGUGCAGAAUUAUGAGAGAUGUGUAUCAUUGAAAUUAUUUGUAAAGGUUUUGAUCUGUGCUGACCACGAUGGGAUCUUCUUUAUGGUGUUCACUUCCCUUUGGACCAGGCAGUUAUUCAGGCAGCUUUUUAACAGUUUUUAUGCUAAAGUGGUUAAGGAGGAGAGCUUUCAUUUGUCGGCCUCGUUUUAAAUGUAAUGUCUCCUGCUGCUUGAGUUUUAGUCUCUUGAAGGACAUUUUGUUUCACAAUAAUCAGCCCCAGGAGCCUCUGCUUUUAAACUAAUGUUCAUUAUGCUUUAGUCUGGGAGCAUGUAUUGCGUAGAGCAGCAGUGAAAAGAGGUUUACACUGUGUUGUAAACUUGUAAACUAGCUUACUCAAAUAAUGUACGGUACGUUUGAUGUACCGGUUGCACAGAGAAUACAAAAAGCAGCAAGCGUUUGUAUCAUCAUCAUCAAAUUUGCUUGGUUGUGAGGCACAAAACGGCGAGCUUUAAACAUAACAUCAUCUUGUUAAUUUGGCAUUUAUUUAUUUUUUAAGAGAACCUUUUUUAUUUCAAGUAUCCUAAUGAAAUUGUAAUAUCAGAAACCUCAAAAUGUCACUUUGUCCCAAGUGCAAUAUGAAAAUAUGAACAUAAGCGCUGUCUUGCCUAAUUGCAAAGGACACAAUGUAGUAGGCCUAUAUACCUUUUGAAUGAAUCAAUGGCUAGAUGUUUUUUUUGUUGUUGUUGUUUUUUUUUCCCCCUUAAUGGUGACUUUUACACCCUACGUUUUCUUCUCCCCAGAAACUGUCCUUUUGAUCUGUUUUGACCGCAGAUUUUUGUGAGGUCUGUAAAUAAAGCAUUUUCUUUUGCAGUCAUAUUCUAUGCAAUACAUUGUAGCAGGUCAGUAUGUCAAAUAAAACAAAUGAAAAUGGAAA